CCCCCACUACAUCUCUUAAGCCCCCCUCACCACCCCACCACCAUCCCAUCCAUCCGCUCAUCUCUCUUUGUGUUCUUUCUUUUUAAUUGAAACCAAAUAUUAUCUUUACCCUUUGAAUAGGCUUUUUCUUAAUUCCCUUUACACUUUAUAUAUUUUCUGCUAUGAGCAUCUUUUUUUUUUCUUUCAACCUUUUGCUUCAAUUGUAUACAGCUUCACUUUCACAUAUGCAUAUUUCUUCUUCUUCUUUAGCUUCUUUCUUGGUUAAAUUUUCUUCCCCUUUGUUACUUUGACCGUAGUUCUAGGCCAAAAGCCUAUAAGAAAAAAAUAUUAUUAAUAUAAAAUGUCAUUCGACAUGACAUCUUCUUCUUCUUCUUCUUCUUCAGAACGUGUUUGUUACGUGCAGUGCAACUUUUGCAACACCAUUCUUGCGGUUAGCGUUCCAUGCAACAGCAUGGUAACCAUAGUGACAGUAAGAUGUGGGCACUGUGCAAAUUUGCUUUCUGUUAAUAUCGGAUCUUUACUUCAGACUCUUCCCCUUCAAGAUCCACAGAAGCUUCAAAGACAACAGUACUCAAAUAAUGCUGGUAAGUAUAAAGCCUGUGGCUCAUCAUCAUCUUCUUCUUCCAAGUUCAACAGAUUUUCUGCCAUUGUUUCUCCUGAAAUUGAACCUAGAAUCACUCCUAUUCGUCCACCAGAGAAAAAACAGCGUGUUCCCUCUGCGUACAACCAAUUCAUCAAGGAAGAGAUACAAAGGAUAAAGGCUAGCAAUCCUGAUAUUAGCCACCGUGAAGCUUUUAGCACUGCUGCCAAAAAUUGCGCACAUUUUCCUCAUAUCCAUUUUGGACUAAAGCUGGAGGGCAACAACAAGCAAGCCAAAUUGUGAAAGUCUUAAUAUUAUUUUCAAGUUGUGAAAGUCUCCUCAUGUGUUAUCUUUCAUUUGUUUGCCUUGAUUUUGUGGUUAAAUAUCAUGUACUCUAACUGAGCUAUUUUCAAUGUUUAUUCAAUAACUAGUGUCAUUUGGCUCGUGUUAAGCCCGAGCCCAAAUUGACGUUAAAAAUUAAAA